UGCCCCUGCCCAGGACCCAGAGUCGCGCACUCCCCCCAGGGUGCCAUGGCCUCGCGGCUCCUGCAUCGGCUGCGGCACGCCCUGGCCGGCGACGGCCCCGGGGAGGCGGCGGCUGGCCCUGAGGCCGAGCAGUUCCCGGAAAGCUCGGAGCUGGAGGACGACGACGCUGAGGGCCUGUCCUCCCGUCUCAGCGGCACCCUCAGCUUCACCAGCGCCGAGGACGACGAGGACGACGAGGACGAGGACGAGGACGAGGAGGAAGCCGGCCCCGACCCGCUGUCCCCCGGGGACGGGGCGUCGGUGGAAGACGCAGAACGGAGCCCCCGAGCUGAUGGGCAGCGGGGCAGUCAGCUCCUGGCGCGGCAGCUGCAGGAUUUCUGGAAGAAAUCCCGGAACACCCUGGUGCCCCAGCGGCUGCUCUUUGAGGUGACCAGCGCCAACGUUGUCAAGGACCCGCCCUCCAAGUACGUGCUCUACACCCUCGCCGUGAUGAGCCCAGGGCCUCCGGAUCGCCAGCCAGCCCAGAUCUCUCGCCGCUACUCGGACUUUGAGCGGCUGCACCGAAACCUGCAGAGGCAGUUCCGGGGCCCCAUGGCUGCCAUCUCUUUCCCCCGUAAGCGCCUGCGCCGGAAUUUUACCGCCGAGACCAUUGCCCGCCGUAGCCGGGCCUUUGAGCAAUUUUUGGGCCACCUACAGGCAGUGCCUGAAUUGCGCCAUGCCCCGGACCUGCAGGACUUCUUUGUGCUUCCAGAGCUGCGGCGAGCACAGAGCCUCACCUGUACUGGUCUCUAUCGUGAGGCUCUGGCACUGUGGGCCAAUGCCUGGCAGCUGCAGGCCCAGCUGGGCACCCCCUCUGGCCCAGACCGCCCCCUGCUGACCCUGGCUGGGCUGGCAGUAUGCCACCAGGAACUAGAGGACCCCUGUGAGGCCCGAGCAUGCUGUGAGAGGGCCCUGCAGCUGCUGGGGGACAAGAGCCCGCAUCCUUUGAUGGCACCAUUUCUGGAGGCCCAUGUCCGGCUCUCCUGGCGCCUGGGCCUGGACAAACGCCAGUCAGAGGCCCAGCUCCAGGCUCUGCAGGAGGCAGGCCUUACCCCCACACCACCCCCCAGUCUCAAAGAAUUGCUCAUCAAGGAGGUGCUGGACUAAGUCUUGCCCUGACUUAAGGCCACUGUGGGGAGAAGGCUUCCCCAGGAUGGGGGGAAGGCCCUGAUGAGGAUAUGGAAAGUAGCUGGGAGGCUGCAGGGGUGCUAGGAGCCCCUAGAAGUUCCAUAAGAGAGAAUUUUCAGCAGACCAAGGAAACUUGCUGCUUCCGUUGAGCUGUGCUCAGGACAAGCUUUGGCUGGGGUUGCCCUGGGAUGGUACAAGGAGGGGUUGUGGCCCAGGUUAGGGUCAAGGUUCCCUUUUCCAUGGGCCUCCAAGCUAGCGAGGCAGCCUAGUUGAAGGGCCUGGGACUGCCUCUGGUGUCCUGGGGUUGAGGGAUGGAGGGAGGGCCACAGUUCCAGCCCAGGGGAAUUAAAAGCCAGCCGUCCCAGUGG